AUGAAUGGCUGGGAUAAACCUAUCUGUAAGGUGCACGGUAUGCUCAAAACUAUAGAUAAAAACAUACCAUGGAAAACCCCCCAAGUGCUCAUGAUCAGGGCGAGACAAGACAAAAAGAAGAAACAAGGCAAGAACUCCAAAGGGAAGCCACAAGCUGGAAAGGGCAAGGGGAAGAAAGAUCCCCAAAACCCACCACCUAAGAAGAAGAAAAAUGUGGCUAAAUACAACACAUGCUUUGAGUGUGGUUUCGUGGGGCAUUGGAAAAGGAAUUCUCCUAAGUACCUUGUGGAGUUGAAGAACAAGAAGUUUUGGGAUGGAAUUUCAAGGGUUUCAAAAAAAACUAGGGAACUAAAGACGGAUGAGAUGCUUUUGCAUGUUGGUAAUGGAGCACGUGUUGCACUCUAA